AUGGCCAAAAUAAUGGUCGCUUUAGCUCUAGCCGGCGUCUGCCUGUAUCUUCUCGGUGUAUCGGGCCAGACUUUUUCAGUCGAGAAAAUCGCUGUCGGUGCUAUCUUCGACCAAGACACAGAAGAGAUACAGAAUGUUUUUAAGUACGCAAUGUCCGUUCACAACCAGAAUAUCAGCAGCCGUCGACUUGAGCUGCAAGCAUUUGUGGAUGUCAUCAACACGGCUGAUGCUUUUAAACUAUCACGGCUAAUUUGCACCCAAUUUGCGAGAGGUGUGUUUGCGAUGCUGGGCGCGGUGAAUCCCGAAUCAUUCGACACACUGCACUCCUACACGAACACUUUUCAGAUGCCCUUUGUUACGCCCUGGUUUCCUGAAAAGGUUAUCCCUCCAUCUUCCGGAUUGAUAGACCACGCAGUCAGCAUGCGACCGGAUUACCACCGAGCGAUUAUAGAUGUCAUACAUCAUUAUGGAUGGGAUGAAAUCAUCUAUAUGUACGACUCGCAUGAUGAAUCCCAAAAACCUGCGAUGCGACAAAAGACAACAUCAUAA